CGUCACGCGACAGCCGCCAUCUUUGUUACUGAAAUCUCAAAACGAAAACAAACAUGUAAAUGAUCAAAAUUUGUUAUAAUUACGUAUUUUCAGACAUCAUAGAAAGGUGUGUGAGAUGUUGUUUUAGAAAACAAGGGACUUCUGUUGACACAACACUGGUCGUAUAGAAGCUACCCAGCUAUGUCCUCAGAAGAGGAAAGUAGCAUUGACCACAUGCGAGCCAGUGAGCUCUAUCCUAAACCCGCCAACAUCAAGUACGACCGAACAAUCCCCAUCUCAUUCCCAUUGCUAUCUGGUGAACACAUCCUAGCCUUAGGGAAGACCUCAAAUGGAUCGAUCGCAUUGACGAACUUUCGAUUAUUUCUACGCUUCGAGCGGUCAUUCGUGAAUGCACCUUUGGGUUUGAUAGAAUCUGUGGAGUCAAGAGAUAUUUUCCAUUUGAACAUCUACUGCAAGGAUGCCAGGUCUUUCAGGUGCACUUUUGCCAACAAUGACCAAUGCCAAGACUGGUUCAGACAGAUCAAUCUAGCACUGACUCCCAAGAAGGAAGAUGGAAUAUUUGCAUUUAGAUUCUAUGCCUGGUGUCAGGACCUCCAGCCAGGGGAUCAGGAAUUGCAGUCCUGUUACAUACUUGGACAGAACAAGGCAAAAUGGAGGUACACUUUUGGGAAGGAGGUAGGCCGGAUGAAGUUUGACUUGAAGAAGCUUUGGCGUAUCUGUUACAUCAACGAGGACUAUAAAAUCUGUUCAUCCUACCCUAAGCUACACAUAGUGCCAUCGUCUACAAAGGAUGAAGAUUUAGUGAGUCUAGCAGGUUUCAGAUCAUCUGCCAGGUUCCCAUCUAUAGUUUGGAGAAACCAGCGUACUGGAGCUGUAAUAGCACGCUGUAGUCAGCCAGAGGUCGGUUGGUUGGGGUGGAGAAACUCCCAGGAUGAGCAGCUUUUGCAAGCCAUCAAUGCGGCUACAAUGAUUGACGUUGCUAGGAAACUAGACUCCACCCCCAAAGAGGAAUCCACUGACAACUGUCUCGCAAAUGGCUCAACAAGUAAAAAGAUGCUUAUAAUUGAUGCAAGGUCCUACAGUGCCGCAUUUGCAAAUCGCGCUAAAGGAGGAGGGCUGGAAUGCCCAGAGUACUAUCCCGACUGUGAGAUUCUCUUCAUGAAUCUUGCUAAUAUUCAUUCCAUCCGGAAAAGCUUCCAGGCAUUAAGGGCUAUGUGUGCAGCACCGCCUGAACAAAUCAACUGGCUGCAAAGUUUAGACACUACAAAAUGGCUGAAUCAUAUCUGUGGGCUACUUAGAGCGACGGUAACUGUAGUUAAUGCUGUAGAAAAUGAGCGCCGUCCUGUAUUGGUCCAUUGCUCUGAUGGCUGGGAUAGAACCCCUCAAAUAACUGGACUUGCCCAGCUCCUGAUGGACCCUUUCUACAGGAGUAUAGAGGGCUUUCAAGUACUUGUUGAGAAGGAAUGGUUAGACUUUGGCCACAAGUUUGCAGAUAGAUGUGGAAAUGGGGAAUGCACUGAUGACUUAAAUGAAAGAUGUCCCGUAUUCUUGCAAUGGCUUGACUGUGUCUACCAGCUUUUGCACCAGUUCCCCUGUGCGUUUCAGUUCAAUGAAGCGUUUCUGGUGAAGCUUGUAGAACAUACAUAUUCCUGUUUGUUUGGGACGUUUCUAUGUAACAAUGCCAAAGAGCGAGAGGUGUUAAACGUACGGGAAAAGACCAGUUCAGUAUGGACGUUGAUACAGGAAGAUCGCAACAAAUUUCGCAAUUAUCUUUACAACCCUGACACUGAGGUUCUGAUACCGUCAUGUCAGGUUCGCAACUUAUGUCUCUGGACAAAUGUUUAUCUCUCGAGUUCGGCACUGACCAGCCAUAUUGAUGACAUCAUCACAGACCACGAACCACCAGUUGCAAAUGGAAAUGUCCUCUCUGAAGCUGACCAAUCUGCCCCAUUGACAAAAACGCGUUCAUGUGAUGAUAUCAUCGCUGCUAUAGACACACAUCCUGUGGAACACCAAAGGAGGUUAAGUGAUCCCAAUAUUAUUAAGGAUACUACCCAUGAUUCAGUGCAUUUAGUUAACGGUGCUCAAGAAGGUAAAAUUAAUCAGGAAAAUGAGGAAUCAAAUAAAGUGACAUUGGUACAAGAUGUGAAUUCUUCAAGCCAAACAAAUAUAACUAUGAAUGGUGAAAAUGAAAUUACCCAUAAUGCAAUGGAUAAAGCAGACGAUGUAUGUCUUCCGGAGCCAGAAAGCUGCUGUAUGAACCUUGAGAGGCAAGAAAGUGAGGUAGCGACAAAUAUUGUAAAUGGAGUGAUGAAUUCUGUUAUGUCCACGAGUGACACCUUGUAUAACAAGACAUCAGAAUCGGGAAGUGAAAAGGAUUAUGGGAUAGCUCCGAGUGGUAGCGUUACAUCGAUGUGUAGCUCUACGGACACAUUAGUCAAUGGCAGUAAAAACACAUGUAGAAAGUUAUGUGAUAUGGCACAAGAAAAACUCGCUUUGAGCGGUGACAUUGUCUUGCAAGCUAAACUUGUCCUGGAUAGGGAUAUUAAAGCGUACAAAAGUAAAAGUUGCAACCAUUUAUGUGAUACUAGUCAGCUUUAUAAUGGCAAUGGACAUCAAGAAUACCUUAAUGUAAACCAGUCACUAACUGGGAAUAAACUUAACACGAGCACGAGCACCAGUGAUAUAAGCGACAGUCACGUGGAAACGGCGCUUUCUUGUCAGGCAGCUUUGGAUCAGACGCUACUAACGCUGCACUUAAAGAUGAAUGGAAAUAUGUCGAAUGGGUUGGAUAAAUCAAAGAAGAAUUCAAGUUCGAAUUCAGCGACGGAAUCUGAAAUGUCAACUCCGUUUAAAUCCCAGACACCGAACUCGACAUGCCCUACUACUCCAGGGGCAGAUGGGAAAACUUACAUGAAUGAUCCAUUUCUGCAGCGAAGCCUAAGCUAUGUCAGUCGACAUCUUGACGCAGAUGGUUUAACGACGUUUGUAGACGUUGCUCAGCAACAGCAGAUGUCUGUUGAGCUUGAAUAUCGGCAAAGAAUUGAGAUUCUAGAACGCCAGUUACAGAGGGCUAAAGUAGCACUGAUUCAAUACGCAUCAGGCCGCAAUGGUCACAAUAAUAGAGAUAAUGGUGCUGAUUUGUGGGAUAGCAAUUCAUUACCAGAUUCCAAUGGAAGUAUUGGCCCAUCCUCUCUAGGCAGCAACGCAACAUCAGAAGGGAGCAGCUGGGAGCAGGUAGAUGAGAAGGAUGCUGAUAUGACUCUAUGGGUGCCUGACCAUGCUGUCACACAUUGCGCUGGUUGUGAUCAUGAAUUCUGGAUUGUACGACGAAGACAUCACUGCAGGAACUGUGGUAAGGUGUUCUGUGCGGAAUGUGCCAACAAGUUUGCUCCAAUUCCCGAACAACAGUUGAGGGACCCUGUCCGUGUAUGCAAGCACUGCUAUCAGUCUCUAACACCUUUCAAGAGUCACCCCAAUGGAAUCGUGAACCACCCCAAUGGGGGUAUGGGACUGGAGGCAAGGUGUGACCAUCAUGAAUUACUCCUAGAAGCUGCUGCUGCUGGGUCUCAUUGAAGGAUUGCUGAACAAAACUGUUGCUAUGAACUAUGGGACACGUCUACUGUUACUAUGGAAACAAUUUUCACUGGAGACAGCAAUUGUGUCCUUAUUCAGUGCUUCUUGAGGAAAACUAAAUCCAGAAGAACAGAGUUAUUGCUCGAAUGUAGUCGUGUUAUUCAAAAAACAGUCACAUAUUGUGAAUUUGUGAACUUCUACAAAGCAUGGUGGCAGAACAACAGAAUAACUUAGUUCUUCAUAGAAAACUGGUUACUAAGGGACAACGCAAUAUUCUUGAAUUAAUUGUAUUAUAGAGACUAUUGACAUAUGUGACCUGGUCUACCUAUUUGUUUGUAUCAAUGUAAUUCCCAAUUAUUGCAGUACAUGGAUAUUCGUCAGGGCUACUACUAGAGUAGAGGUGGUUUGUGAGAGCAGUUAGCAUUUAGAAUUUGUGGUGAAAUGCUGAGAUAAACUGAUCAAAACUAGUGAAGGACUAAGCAAUCCUGAAAAUCUUUGGGAGAUUAUCUGAAACCCAUUCAAUCAUUUCUGAAAUUGGGAUUGAGAAAUCAGUCCUGGUGGUAAUAUUCAUGCUAACUUAAAAUAUGGAUGAGCCAAACAACCUCUAUUAUACAACCAUUUCAGUUGCACAACCAUUUCAAGUGCACCAAGGUAAAUACAAUGAUUCUCAUCAGGGUGUCAAAAUCCAACCUGAGAUGCUAAAAGUGAAAUUAAGGAAAACUUUGAGGCCCUUUUUAAAAUAAGAGGCCCAUUUUCUGAGGCUACGUGCCUUGCACCAAUCUGCUAGUUCACUACCACACUCACCUCUCCGAGUUGAAGCUUGCUAUCUGACAGCUUAGCUUCAAAUCAUGGCCUGCAUUUGCACAAUUGAGAGACUUUCAUACAUAUUUCCUGGAAAUACCAAUGCUUGAAAAAAUCGCUGAUCUGUUAUAAGCAAGAUGACAUUUGAAUAUUAUAUAAGGAUUCAUAUAUGUCUUUCUUCAAGUCUUGCUUCAAUACCCAUCCCCAUCCCCUAUACCAUCCCCCAUCCCUACUUCAACAGUUGUUGAAAUAGAUAAGGUUGGUCCAGGAUCUUGAAGCAAGACUAUUCUGAAUUAAUUCACUAACUAUGUCCGUGAUCUCCAAACGAUUUUUUCUCACGUGGGUGAAAAAUUCUCAUUUUCACAAUUCAGACCAAAAUUGGUCAAAA